GCGCGGGCGGAAGCGGCGGCCCAGGGGCGAUGCUGGCGGCCCAGGGGCGCCGUGUGGCCUGCGCCGUGUCCGGCGGUGUGGACAGCGCCGUGGCCGCGCUGCUGCUGCGCCGCCGAGGGUACCAGGUGACAGGUGUGUUUAUGAAGAACUGGGACCCUCUGGAUGAACAGGGAGCUUGCUCCGUUGACAGAGAUUGUGAAGAUGCUUAUCGGGUGUGCCAGAAGCUUGAUAUCCCGUUUCACCAGGUUUCCUACGUGAAGGAAUACUGGAACGAAGUAUUCAGUGACCUCUUAAAAGAGUAUGAAUUGGGAAGGACGCCUAAUCCCGAUAUUUUGUGUAACAAGCACAUCAAAUUCAACUACUUCCUUCAUUAUGCUAUGGAUAACCUUGGAGCAGAUGCAAUUGCUACUGGGCAUUAUGCCAGGACCUCACUGGAGGACGAGGAAGUGUUUCAACAGAAACAUACUAAAAGACCACAGAAGCUUUUCAGAAAUCGUUUUGAAGUUAGAAAUACUGUGAAACUUCUUCAAGGGGCUGACCUCUUUAAGGACCAGACCUUCUUUCUAAGUCAGAUUUCUCAGGAUGCUUUGAGGAAAACCAUCUUCCCUUUAGGGGAUUUAACAAAAAGUUUUGUAAAGAAGAUAGCAGCAGAACACGACCUUCAUCAUGUGUUAAAGAAAAAAGAGAGUAUGGGGGUCUGUUUCAUUGGUGAAAGAAACUUUGAAAAUUUCCUUCUUGAGUAUUUGGAACCUCAACCAGGUAACUUUGUUUCCAUUGAAGAUAAGAAAGUGAUGGGAAGACACAAAGGUUGGUUCCUCUUCACAAUAGGCCAGAGGGCUCGGCUGGCAGGCCUCAAGGAGGCUUGGUUUGUUGUAGACAAAGAUGUCAGCACUGGAGAUGUCUUUGUGGCACCAUCAAGAGAUCACCCAGCUCUGUACAGAGACCUCCUGCGGACAAACCGAGUGCACUGGAUAGCAGAGGAACCUCCGGCAGAGCUCGUUCGAGAGAAGAUGAUGGAAUGUCAUUUCAGAUUUCGGCACCAGAUGGCACUGGUACCUUGUGUCCUGACUCUAAACCAAGAUGGGAGUGUGUGGGUAACACUUGUGAAACCAGCAAGAGCUAUCACACCUGGACAGUUUGCUGCGUUCUACAAGGGGGAUGAGUGCCUGGGCAGUGGGAAGAUCCUGAGGAUAGGCCCAUCAGUGUAUACCUUGCAACAGGGCAAAAUCCGAGAGGAGACUCCAAAGAAGGAAGAGAUUGACAAAAUAGAGCCAGCAACGUAACACCUGGGAUUGUUUAUUGAAGGACUUUGGAGAACUUGCUGCUUGAGAACAAUAAAAACUAUAAUAAAUGUGGUUCUUAAGGCCAGUUAACCAGAGUCCCAGCUCUUGACUGUUAGCACUGAAGGAGUUUAAAGGCAUUCUGGUGCAAUUUUGCUGGACUGUAUGGUGCUGUUUAUAUUAAUACGUAUCAAGGGAUGUCCUAAGGUGGUCUGUAAUAGUAGUUUCACAUAAAAGAAUUUUAAUACAAAAAUCAUGUCUGAAAUAAUAAAUCUAUCUCU